AAAAUUUUAAACAAAACGAUAUGAAAAGUAUGCUGUUGCUGAUUUGCAUAAUAGCUACUUUGGGCUUACAAGUUCCGGCGGCAAAAUUAAACCAUCCUUUGGAGCCCAAAAAAAGUGUUAAUGCCAAACAAUUGGUAACCACACCGGUGUGUGAGGGUAAAAAUGGUGUUAUGGUUGCCAUGCCUGGUUCCUGUUCCGGUUUCUUUUUCUGUGUGGAUGGCAAUGCAAUAGCCAGCUCUUGUGGAGUAUUCUAUCACUUCAAUGCCCAGCUAGCCAUGUGUGAUCAUCCUGCCAAGGCCUUGUGCAAUGAGCCCGGUUCUGAGCAAACUGAUGUUAACGAAGUGGUCAAUGACACAAUAGCCAAUGAAACCGUGGCCCAUGAUAUUUGUCUUCAAGCUCCCAAUGGCUAUAAAUUUGCCAAGGCUUUAUCCUGUACGCUGUUCUAUGAAUGCCAGGAUAAGCAACCCAUUCGUCGUGUUUGUCCUCCUCAGAAACAUUUCAAUGGCACCGCGAAACAAUGUCAAGAUGUUGACAAGGCUCAAUGCAUGUUCUCCCCUAUUCCCUUGGAAGUGAUAACAAGUAAACCAAUACCCAUACGUCGACCUGUCAAAGGCCAAGAAACUGCUUUAAGGAAUGUGCGAGAGCCUGUGAAAGCGCCUUUUAAAUUGGCCUCAUUAUGUUCGGCCUUUACAUCGAAUAGAACGGUGGCCCAUCCCUGGGAUUGCAAUAAGUUCAUCUAUUGCAUACGCAAACAGGCCCUGAUUAUGGAUUGUCCCAAGGGUUUACAUUUUAGCACAAAGAGGAUGCGUUGCGAAUGGCCAGCUGUAUCCGAAUGUAAAUUUUUGUUAUAGGGAUACAAGAAUUA